ACACCAGACAGAUGGAGACACAGACAAAACAAACCUCUGAUCGUUGGAUCAUGGAUGUCCUUAACAAUAACUUCCAUCUCUACCUGCAACUCUAUGUUCCUCUCUUAUUUAUAUUCCCACUCUUUCUCUCUGUGACCAUCAACCUCUUGUUGAUUGAAAGCUAAGUUUCUUGUCUCUGAUGCAAAGCCACAAACACCAAGUGUGCAUUUCAAGAAAAUGCACGCAGCAACAUCCAUGAGUGCAGUGUUUUUCUUCUAUCAUCAUUUUGGCUUCUUCUGUGAUCUGUGUAUGAAGAGCUGAUUUCUGGAGCUGUUUUUUUGCUGCAAUAUUGUAGCUUCAGUUGGUGCAUUUCCGGGUCUUCUUCUGGUUUCUUUUUUCUUUUGGAUGGAUAUGGCUCUUUUUAGGAAGUUCUUCUAUCGAAAGGCACCUGACGGGCUUUUGGAAAUAUCUGAUAGGGUUUAUGUCUUUGGUUGCUGCUUCAAGACGGAUAUUUUGGAUGAUGAUGAUGAAUAUAAAGACUAUAUAGGAAGCAUAGCGAGUGAACUCCAUGACUACUUCCCGGAUUCUUCAUUCAUGGUCUUCAACUUUAAAGAGGGAGAGAAUCAAAGCCAGAUUGGGAGCAAAUUAUCUGAAAAUGAUAUGACUGUAAUGGAUUAUCCUCUUCACUACGAAGGAUGCCCAUUGCUCACCUUGGAUAUGAUCCACCACUUUCUCAGAUCAAGUGAAAGCUGGCUGUCCCUUCAGCAACAAAAUAUGCUCCUGAUGCAUUGUGAACGAGGUGGCUGGCCAAUUUUGGCUUUCAUGCUUGCUGCUCUCUUGAUACAUAGGAAACAGUUCACGGGUGAGCAGAAAACCCUAGAAAUGAUUUAUAAGCAAGCACCUAGAGAGCUUUUGCAGCUGAUGUCACCCCUCAAUCCAUUGCCUUCACAACUAAGGUACCUGCAGUAUGUAUCAAGAAGCAAUACAGGCUCACAUUGGCCUCCGAUGGAUAGGGCACUUACACUGGACUGUGUUAUUCUUAGAGUUAUUCCCAACAUGAAUAGAGAGGGGGGUUGCCGUCCAAUAUUUAGGAUUUAUGGUCAGGACCCUCUAAUGGUUGCUGAUCGAACUCCCAAAGUUCUUUUCUCAAGACCAAAAAGGAGCAAACUUGUUCGGCAUUACAAGCAGGAAUUCUGUGAUUUGAUAAAAAUAGACAUCCAUUGUCAUAUUCAAGGUGAUGUUGUGAUGGAGUGUAUCAGCGUUGAGAGUGAUCUUGAAAGGGAACAGCUGAUGUUCCGGGUCGUGUUCAAUACAGCCUUUAUAAACUCAAAUAUCUUAAUGCUUAACCGUGAUGAAAUUGACACAUUAUGGAAUGUUAAAGAUAAAUUUCCAAAAGACUUCAGAGCAGAGGUUCUUUUUUCAGAGAUGGAUUCGACUUCAUCUCGUACUUCAAUUGAUUUGCCGGUUUUGGAGGGGAAAGGUGGCCUUCGCAAGGAGACAUUUGCUAAAGUUCAAGAGGUUUUCAGCAAUGUGGGCUGGCUAGAUACAAGACCUGAUGUGGCAUUAAAUGUGCUUCAACAUAUCACUGCACUCCAAGAAGAUUUGGAGGCUGUUUCUCCGCAGAAAGCAAAAAAAGGCAGCAAUAUGCCAGAAUCAAAUGUUGAAAAAGUUCAAGAUGAAUCAUUCUCAGCUCCCCAUCCCCCUCCCCCUCCUCCACCACCUUCGUUUUCAGGACCAUCUCCAUUAUCCGCAAUCAAGAAAUCACAUGCAACUCUCCUUCCUCCACCACCUACUGAGGUUGCUUCAUUAGUUGCUAUCUCAGUUUCUUCCCCACAGCUUGUAACAAACUCAGCAGUCAUUUCUGGGUCUCCUCCACCUUCUCCUCCUCCAUUUUCUGGGUCUGCAUCAGGCUCUUUCUUUUCUGUUAAAGUACCACCACCACCUCCUCCUCCUAGUUCUGCUCGAAAUUCAUCCAACAAUUCUGCACGUAUUCUUCCUGUUCCACCACCUCCUGCUCCUUUUUCCGAAGAGUUGUCAAAGCAGUGUGCUGCUUCUUUGCCAUCUUCUCGAGUUAGCAAAGGAAUUGUGCCCUCUGUUCCUGGACCACCUUCUGGUCCUCCAUUUAGUGUAAAGGGGCGAGGCCUUUCACGUCCAAAUCCAAGAAGUCAGGUCCAACCUAAAAAGGCCAACCUGAGGCCUUAUCAUUGGUUGAAAUUAACUAGAGUCAUGCAAGGAAGUCUUUGGGCUGAGACACAAAAAUCUGAUGAAGCUUCCAAGGCUCCGGAAUUUGACAUGGCAGAACUUGAGAGUCUUUUCUCAGCAGCUGCACCUACUGGUCAAGGAGGCAUGGAGGGGAAAUCAAAUCGUCGCACCUUGGGACGUAAAUCUGAUAAAGUUCAGCUGAUUGAGCUUAGACGGGCAUAUAAUUGUGAAAUCAUGCUUUCAAAAGUUAAGGUUCCUCUGUCUGACCUAAUGAUUUCAGUCCUUGCCAUGGAUGAUUCAGCCCUUGAUGUUGAUCAGAUUGAUAACCUUAUCAAGUUCUGUCCAACAAAAGAAGAGACGGCAUUGCUAAAGGGUUAUAAUGGAGAUAAGGAGAACUUGGGAAAGUGUGAACAGUUCUUCUUGGAAAUGAUGAAAGUGCCACGGGUAGAGUCAAAGCUAAGAGUCUUUUCAUUUAAGCUACAAUUCAAUCACCAGGUCUCUGACCUCAGAAGAAAUUUGAACGUUGUAAAUUCAGCUGCUGAAGAGAUCAGGAGCUCAGUCAAGUUGAAACGGGUCAUGCAAACUAUUCUUUCCCUGGGUAAUGCUUUGAACCACGGAACUGCAAGGGGUUCUGCUGUUGGAUUUCGGUUGGACAGUCUCCUCAAACUCACAGAUACACGAGCUCGGAAUAACAAGAUGACGCUCAUGCAUUAUCUCUGCAAAAUGCUUGAUGAAAAGCGUCCGGAGCUGCUGGAGUUUCCAAAGGACCUCACAAGUUUGGAGGCUGCAACCAAAAUACAGUUGAAAUAUUUGGCAGAGGAAAUGCAAGCCAUUAGUAAAGGGCUGGAGAAAGUUGCACAGGAAUUGAUUGCUUCAGAGAAUGAUGUUGAAGUGUCAGAAAAUUUUGGCAAGUACCAUGUCCAGAUUCUAAGGGCAUUUCUAGAUUCUGCUGAACGUGAAGUGAGAUCUUUGGCGCCACUUUUUGUUACUGCGGGUAGAAAUGCAGAUGCGUUGGCAGUUUAUUUUGGAGAAGAUCCUGCCCGGUUCUCAUUUGAGCAAGUUGUGUCUACGCUGCGUAAUUUCGUGAAGAUGUUUGUCCGGGCCCGUGAGGAAAACUACAAGCAACUUGAAUUUGAAAAGAGAAAGGCAGAGAGGGGAGAAAAUGAGAAGUUGAAGAUAGGUUCUUACAAAAUAGAGUCUGAAAACUUGAUGCCAAAUACUAUCAAGAGUGGGAAUAUCAAAUGAUCAAGUGCUAUAAAUGUUAAUCUAUCGAUCAAAUCAGAAAGCGGUUCCCAUGUAGAUAAGCCGCAUUAUACUAACGGAUGAACAUCCAUUUGAG